AUGUCUUCCUUAUGUGGGAUCAAUGACGCCUCAGACUUAUGCUCAGCCACAGAGAUGCAGGAUGCAGAACACCCACGGGUCCUGAUCCCUGAGCUGUGCAGACUCUUCUACCAACUGGGAUGGGUCACUGGCACUGGGGGAGGCAUCAGUCUCAGGAAAGGUGAUCACAUCUACAUCGCUCCGUCAGGCGUUCAGAAAGAGAGAAUACAGCCUGAGGACAUGUUUGUGUGUGAUGUGGAGGAGCGAGACGUCAGCUGUCCUCCCACCUGGAAGAAGCUGACCAAGAGCCAGUGCACGCCGCUCUUCAUGAACGCCUACAUCAUGAGAGGUGCCCAGGCGGUGAUCCACACUCACUCCAAAGCUGCGGUCCUGGCCACGCUGCUGUACCCUGGCAGAGAGUUCCGCAUCACACACCAGGAGAUGAUCAAAGGCAUCCGCAGGGGCAGCUCCACAACCAGCUACAGAUAUGACGACAUGCUGGUGGUGCCCAUCAUAGAGAACACUCCAGAGGAAAAGGACCUGAAGGAGCGCAUGGCCCGUGCUAUGGAAGAGUACCCCGACACCUGUGCAGUCCUGGUGCGGAGACAUGGGGUGUACGUGUGGGGGGAGUCCUGGCAGAAGGCCAAGACCAUGUGCGAAUGCUACGACUACCUGUUCAACGUGGCCGUGCAGAUGAAGCAGUGCGGCUUGGAUCCCGCCGCUCUGCCCACAGAAGAGAAGGGCAUCGUCUGA